UUCAAAUUUCUCCGGCACGAGGAAAAGGCGGCCAACUCCAUCUCUAUCUCCCCAAAUCCUCCCCCAAAUCGCCGACCAAAUCACUCCCCCAUCGCCGCAAAAAAGCCACGCGAUCUCCCUGCGCCGGCGGCGGCAACGACCUGCGGCAUGGCGCAGACGCCGAACCCUAGCCGGAGGUCGUUGGUGGGGCCGCCGCCGCACCCGUUCCUGACGCCGCGGCCGGAGCGGCGCCAGCUGGAGCUGCGCUGGGCGGACGGGGGCUCGCAGAGCUCCGCGCGCCGCAGCGGGGUCGGGUUAACCGGAGGAGGCGGCGGCGGCGGCGGCGGGAGCGAGAUGAAGGACUGCGAGGCCAACGUGCAGGUUGUGCUCCGGUGCAGGCCACUAAGCGAGGAGGAGCAGAGAGCGAAUGUGCAGAGUGCCAUCUCUUGCGAUGACUUGAAGAGGGAGGUCACUGUGUUGCACAGCCUAUUCAAGCAAGCAGACAAGACGUUCACCUUUGAUAAGGUUUUUGGUCCAAAAGCUCAGCAAAGGUCGAUAUAUGAUCGUGCUGUUAAGCCGAUCGUUAAAGAUGUGCUUGAGGGCUACAAUUGUACUGUAUUUGCCUUCGGGCAAACUGGAACUGGGAAAACAUAUACGAUGGAGGGAGAGAUGAGGCAGAAGGCCAGUGAACUGUCAGCUACUGCUGGUGUCAUCCCAAGAGCAGUGCGCGAUAUCUUCGAUAUUUUGGAAGAACGAAAGGCUGACUAUAGCAUGAAGGUAACCUUCUUGGAGCUCUACAAUGAAGAAAUCACAGAUCUGUUGGCCUUAGAGGACCAGAGCAGAUUCCCUGAAGAUAGACAGAAGAGGGCAAUAUCUCUCAUGGAAGAUCGCAAAGGCGGGGCAGUCAUCAGAGGCCUUGAAGAGGUCGUUGUCUACAGUGCUAGUGAGAUAUACAAUCUUCUAGAACAUGGGUCAGCUAGGAGGCGUACUGCUGACACUGCACUAAAUAAGCAAAGCAGCCGAUCACAUUCUGUCUUUUCUAUAUACAUCCAUGUCAAAGAAACAACAGUAGGGAAUCAGGAACUCCUGAAGUGCGGGAGAUUGAACCUUGUAGACUUGGCAGGAUCAGAGAAUAUUGCUCGGUCAGGUGCAAGAGAGGGUAGAGCAAGAGAAGCAGGAGAGAUGAAUAAGAGCUUGUUAACCCUGGGUCGUGUUAUUACUGCACUUGUGGAACAUUCGGUUCAUGUGCCAUACAGGGACAGUAAGCUCACCAGACUGCUAAGGGAAUCUUUAGGUGGAAAAGCCAAAACGUGCAUAAUAGCUACGGUUUCUCCCUCCAUCCAUUGCCUAGAAGAAACAGUAGUUACACUUGAUUAUGCUUAUCGUGCUAAAAGCAUAAAAAACAAGCCAGAGGCAAACCAAAAAGUUUGCAAAUCUGUAAUACUCAAGGAUCUCUACCAGGAAAUGGAAAGAAUGAAACAAGAUGUAAAAGCUGCAAGGGAAAAGAAUGGAAUUUAUAUUCCUCAGGAAAGGUUUGCUCUUGAGGAGGCAGAGAAAAAGACAAUGAGGGAUAAAAUAGAAUAUUUGGAAACUCAGAAUAAAGAGUUGAAGAUGAAUAUCGAAAGUUGCAAGAAGGAAUAUCUUGAUCUUGAAGAAGCUCAUUCUAGGGCUAACAUUUCGCUCAAGGAAAAGGAGUUCAUAAUAUCAAACUUACUGCAUGCUGAGCAAUCAAUUGUUGAACGUGCAAAGGAUAUACGCGGUGCCUUGGAGAAUGCAUCUGGGGAUAUCUCUGCUCUUGUAGAUAAACUUGGAAGGCAAUCCAACACUGAAGCUGAAAAUAAAGGGCUGCUAUUUGAUUUCCGGUCUCAAUUGGAUCACGGUCUUGACCUUCUGCACGACACAGUUGUUGGAUGUGUUUGCGAACAACGUCAGUUUUUGGAAUCUAUGAAUGAACAAAACAAAAUAUACUUCUCAGCAAAAUCUGAGUCAACGAGCCAAUUGGAGAGAAGAAUAGCAAAAGCCAAAGAUAUAUAUGCCUCUGGAGUUCAGUGCAUGAAUCAGCUUGCUAAUACUCUACACCAGCGUUCUAUUGCACACUCUGAGCAGAUGGGUCUAAACAUAUUGUCUCAUGCAACAAGAGCUGCCAAUUUUCUAGCAGUGAUGGUUUCAGAGGCUGAGCAAGUAUCAAAUGACGUUUUUAAGUCUAUUUCUGAACUCAAGGAACUAUUAGCUUUUUCCGCUGAUCAGCAAGAAGUAAUGUUUAAAAGAGAUCUUGUAUCAGCACAAGUCAUGUCCAAGACAUCGAUUGAUUUCUUCGAAGAUAUCAGGGGUCAUGCGUCUAGGCUUAUCGAACAUAUGGAGCAAAGCCAAGCAGAAAGCUCGUCCCAGCUCCUUAAAUUCGAGGAGGAUUUUAAGGAACUCUCUGUUCGAGAAGAGCAGGCUGCUCUUGAUAAGAUUGCUGGAAUUUUAGCGGGCUUGACAGCCAAGAAAUCUACAAUGGUAUUGGACUGUGUAGGACAGCUGAACGGGAAAUGCAGAGAAGAGCAGAAACAUCUUAAAUUGCAAAUUUCCAACCUACAAAAGGUUUCAGACAGCGGAGGAAAGGAGGCCGCAGCCUAUGCUGCAAAGGUAGAGAGCCAGUUCAGUGAGGAUAAGUUAUCACAUUGUAAAAUUAAAGAUCAAAUGGAAGACAUCUUGCAGCAAAGCUUGAAGAAAACUGUACAUUCUGUUUCUUACUGGUCACAUACCGAAACAUCUUUAGAACAUCUGAAUAAGAUCUCAGUGGUGGAAGCUGAUGAUUUUAUUGAAGAAACAAGAAAAGAAAAUGAAAGCAUAUUACAGAAGAUGCUGAUUGUUUCUACACAGAAUGAUGCAAAGUUUGCCGCCAUUACAUCUGACAUGUUGACUGCUGUCAAGGAUUCUCACUUGCGCGAUAGUGAAAGUAGAAUGAGAAUAGAAACUGUGUUUGCCACUUCCUCAGACCAUUUGGAAAUGUUAGACACAAAACACAGUCAAGGCACCGAAUCUAUAAGAAGCAUGACAGCCAAAUGUCUUGAAAGGGAUUAUAAGGCGAAUAGUCCAGUUCGGCGUCGUCCAGGGGAGCUAAUGACUAAUGCGUACAGUUUAGAAUCAAUCGAGCAAUUGAGAACCCCUGUACCAGAUUUGGUGGUGAAAUUCAGAUCAGAGAACAAUUUGGAUGAAGUGGACAAAGGAAAGCGAUAUGUGGAUCAAGGGACACGUACUCCUAGAAGUCCUCUCAUGCCAGUCAAUCACUAUAACAAGUGAUAAGGAAAAACAAAUUGUAAAAUUACUCAAUUGUUGUAAAGAUGGCAAGAUCUCUUGCCCAUUAUCACCCUCUUAAUUUAGCGUGUAUCAGCAAUCAGAUUCUGUAUGCAAUUGUUUCCGAUCUUAGGAAUGUGGAUGCCAAACAAUCGAUAUGAUAUGAUGUAAAAACCAACCUAUCUUGUUGGUGCUGUAUUGCUUUCCAAGGUUUUAUGCAGUCGAAUUUAUCAGUAA